AUGAAUACUGUGCUCGUUGUAACCUGGACUUCGAAGAUGAGAAAGAAACUGCUAGCACAUAAACUUGAGAGCAACAGACACAUUGUGUGUCCUGUUUGUGGAGAGGAGUUUAAAAGCGAUGGAGGUAAAAACACCCAUUUUGCUCAGUUUCACCCAGCCAAUCAGGAGAUGGUCUGCACUUUUUGCUCUGGCAAAUUCAACCGUGCUCAAGCAUACAUGGGUCACAUAGAAAAUGACCAGUGUACGGGUUUCUCUGCGAUACGAUACAAAGAGCAACGUGCCAAAAAGGAGGCCAUCAGAACCAUAAUGUCUCGGAUCCUGGAGCCCGCGGAACGGGGUCUCAUGAUUCAGGCUACAUCCAACGCGUCUAGCGUGGACGGCGGGGUUCAGGUUUCUCUUUCGGAUUCGCAAGAGAUGACGACUUCCACUGAGAUUUCAAGCAGAAAAUCAAUUGAUACACCGGGUAGUGAAUGCGGAACUGAGGCUGUCACGAUGCAACUUCGCGGUAUGAGCCUCUGGCCUGCACCCGGGGAGAAGCACGAUGUGGAAAUGGACCCCGAGGAGCGGAGCCUGAUGACCUUUUCUGACAUGGAGCAUAACCGCGAUAAGGAACGACCUGGGAGGAAGUAUCAUCACGAGAACAACACCGGCAAUUUGCCUAUAGCCCCAGAGCCUGAGACUUCCAUUCUGGGCAGCAUCAAUGGGUCAGCUUCAGAAGUGUCUGUAAAGAGCUGGGCAACCUGGCAGAGCCGAUCAGUCACAUCCAAUGCGUCUGGCGGAAGAGAGAUCGGCGAGAAACGCAAACAGGAGCCGUGGGAUGCCAAUAAGUUUUUCAGCCAGGCUAUUGGGAAGUGGAUGUGCAUCUGCGACAAACUGUUUGAUACUGAGAAAGACUUCAACAGCCAUAUUAAGUCUGGUAUCCAUCUGGCUGGCACUUUUCGCUGCCCCAAUUGCCUGCGCAUGUUCAAGAGCGUCACGGCACUAACCGCCCACUGUGAAUCGGCCUCUGUGCGCUGCAAGAUAAACAAGGAUAAAAAUUACGCUGCCAUCAUGGACGAGAUCUCCGCAGGACUGAUCGGGGCAGAUGGAGAAAACGAAGAUGGCUCCGUCAGGUAUAGAGCCAUCUCAGCAGAGGAAGCUGGAAUUGAUUUGAAGAAAGUCGAUUGA